AUGCAUGCCACUCAGCCUCUUGGAGACAUUCUUGUAUUUUUAACUGAACAAGAGGAAAUCGAAGCCUGCCAGGAGAUGCUCCAGGAUCGCGUCAAGCGGUUGGGUUCCAAACUCAAGGAACUACUCAUCCUUCCCAUUUAUGCCAAUCUGCCGUCGGACAUGCAGGCGAAAAUUUUCGAUCCAACUCCACCUGCCAAUCAACGUGCAGGUCGAGCAGGGCGCGUUGCCCCUGGCAAGUGCUUUCGUCUGUACACAGCCUGGGCAUACAAACACGAGCUGGAAGACAACACCGUCCCGGAAAUUCAGCGCAUAAACCUGGGCAAUGCCGUGCUAAUGCUCAAAGCUCUUGGAAUCAACGAUUUGCUUCAUUUCGAUUUCCUCGAUCCUCCACCACAUGAAACGUUGGUUUUGGCAUUGGAGCAACUUUACGCCCUAGGGGCAUUGAAUAACCACGGUGAACUGACUAAACUUGGACAACGGAUGGCGGAAUUUCCGGUCGAUCCCAUGAUGGCAAAAAUGCUGCUUGCUAGUGAAAAGUACAAAUGUUCCGAGGAGGUGGUGGCCAUCGCUGCAAUGCUAUCGGUGAAUGGAGCCAUCUUCUACCGACCGAAAGAUAAAAUCAUCCACGCAGAUACGGCCCGGAAGAACUUCAACCACAUGCAUGGGGACCACUUGAGUUUGCUGCAGGUCUACAACCAAUGGGCCGAAUCGGACUACAGCACUCAGUGGUGUUACGAAAAUUUCAUUCAGUUCCGUUCGAUGAAACGAGCUCGCGAUGUCCGGGAGCAGCUGGUUGGGUUAAUGCAGCGAGUCGAAAUCGAAAUGGUUUCCAGUCUGCCGGAAACGACCAACAUCCGGAAGGCUAUUACAGCCGGGGGGGGUCACUACAAAACGGCCAAGCACAAUCAGACGGUGAUGAUCCAUCCGAAUUCGGCACUGUUCGAAGAACUGCCUCGUUGGGUGCUGUACCACGAGCUGGUGUUUACGACGAAGGAGUACAUGCGGUCGGUGAUUGAAAUCGAAAGCAAGUGGCUGCUGGAGGCGGCACCGCAUUACUACAAACCGAAGGAGCUCGAGGAUUCCACCAAUAAAAAGAUGCCGAAAACGAUCGGUCGGGCCACGCUGACCGAGGCGUAG